AUGGAUCUUCUGCACAGCUGGGGGGUCCAGCUGGCGGUCCAUCUGCAGACCACAUACAGCAGCUAUGAGGGCCUGUUCGGCCUGGCGUCCACCGUGGCCGACCUGCACACCACCUUCUUCUUCUUCUUCCCCGUCUGGUUCCACCUGCGGCGGGACACGGGGCUCCGGCUCAUCUGGGUGGCGGUCCUGGGAGACUGGCUCAACCUGGUUCUGAAAUGGGUUCUGUUCGGGGAGAGACCGUACUGGUGGGUUCAUGAGACCCGGUUCUACGGCGCAGCACCGGCCCCGGCUCUGCGGCAGUUUCCCAUCACCUGUGAGACCGGACCAGGAAGCCCGUCGGGUCACGCCAUGGGAGCAGCUGGCGUCUGGUAUGUGAUGGUCAUGGCGCUGCUCGCCACGGCGACAGAGAAGAGAUGCCCUCCUUUACUAUACAGAUUCUUGCAGCUGGGCCUGUGGGCGCUCAUGGGCCUGGUGGUUCUGGUGGUCUGCAUGUCCAGGGUCUACAUGGCGGCACACUUUCCCCAUCAGGUCAUCGCUGGAGUCAUCACAGGCGUACUGGUAGCUGAGGUCGUCUCGAAGGAGAAGUGGAUCUACGACGCCAGCAUGAGGAAAUACUUCCACACCACCCUCUCCUUGACCUCCCUCGCUGUUGGCUUCUACCUCCUGCUCAGAGUUCUGGGUGUGGACCUGCUGUGGACGAUGGAGAAAGCCCAGAAGUGGUGCGUGAAUCCCGAGUGGGUCCACCUGGACAGCACGCCCUUCGCCAGCCUCCUGCGUAACAUGGGCACCCUGUUCGGUUUGGGUUUAGGUCUUCACUCGCCCCUCUACAGCGAGACCAAGACGAAGAACACGAGCACCGGCUUCAGGAUGGGAUGUAUCAUCGUCUCCUUGUUUCUGCUUCAUCUGCUCGACGGUUGGACAUUUUCUUCUGAAAAUCUCACAACCUUCUACUUCCUGUCUUUUGGUAAAAGCGCGGUUGCACUUUUAAUCCCGACCACUCUGGUUCCCUUCACUCUCUGCUGGAUCCGUCAGGGGAAGACAGAAGACAAGAACUUGUGAUUCAGGUCCACAUUUUUUGUUUUAAGUCAAUAGUUUAAUUUUCUAUAUUGUACCAGGAUCAUUUUGUCCUCAUGUUUAAUACAAAAGACAUGAAGACUUCCAGGACAAAGUCCCUGAAGUGAUUGUGCUGGCCUGGAUAUCAGUUCCUUUAAAGAAUAUCUCCUGUAGUUUAACAGUUUGGGAAAUUCGCUGAUCACUUCCUGUCAGAGUUCGACAAAAACGUUGCUUCCACUCUGACGUCAGCAGCCGGUUAGCUUAGCUUGCAGGUAAGAGCCUGGCUCCAUCUAAAGGUAACAAUAUCUACCAAGAAAUGGCUGUAAAAUAUGUCAAUUAACAUGUUUUAUCUCAAUUUUGUUAGUUGUACGAGAACAGAAGUAUUAAAAUGCCGAUUAGUGGUUUUAUAAAGAGUUCUGUGUUGGAUUUUCUUGGCAGUAGUGAGCUUUAGAGGCGUUAGUAGGUGGAUUUUGGUUUUCUUUGGAUGGAGCCAGGCUAGCUGUUUCCACCUGCUUCCAGGCUUUGUGCUAAGCUAAGCUAAGCUAAGCUAACUGGCUCAGGCUCAGUGGUGUCAGGAAUCAAACUGCCGGCUAAUGGAUGUUUAUUUUUGUUUGCAUGUGGCCUUCGAGGUCUCUCAGUCUCGUCUGCUCCGAACGUUUGGUUUUGUUGUUCCAAGAAGUUCAUAAUUAACGCUGUUCGAUCGUUUCAGUUUCGGAAAAAGCAACUAAGCCCAUCGCUUUAGCCAGCUGCAGAAAGUAUAAGGCUCUCUGUCUGGAACGUAUCAUUAUACUGUUGACUUAUUUUUAAAUGAAACCCACUCAUAUUUCCCUUUUUUAUAUUAAAAAAAAAAAGUUUUAAGUCAAUGGUGCAUAAAUGAUGGAAGGAAAAGAUUGUUAAGAAUUUAAAUAAAGAAUGUUUUUAUAACUA